CAUAUAAAGCUUUUGCAUUAUGAAUCCGUUUACUUCUAAUCUAGGUAUUUCUGUGUUUCCACUUUCACAGUCGGAUUUUUACCAAUUUGGUACUCUGGAGGUUAGUGAGGACAUGAUACAGGUGUAUCCAGUAGAUGGCGGUAAUACAACUGUAAACAAUAUGUAAAAUUAAAGCAGAAGAAGAUCAGGAAACAGAGGAACUCGGCUAGUGGUCACCCAUCAUUUUAUUGAUUACCAUUUCGGUGUAAAAGGAAAACAAAACUCAGAACAACCACCCUGAUCCGAAAGUACUUAAAAUGGCAGGCGAGGAGGAGAGGGGGGUGGUUCGUGUCAAAGUCAAGAAAUGUGAUGGAGUUCUUCCUGUGGAGUUUCGAUCCUUUGCAGUUGAUCCUCAGAUAACAUCACUGGAGGUCCUGCAGCACAUACUUAUCAGAGCCUUUGAUUUGAAUGGGAAGCGGAAUUUUGUGAUCAGUUACUUGUCUCGAGAUCGCAGUGGUGUUGAAAUGUAUCUCUCUCUGCUGUCUGACUGGGAUUUGGAUGUUGCAUUUGUGAGUGCAGCCAAACCAUAUCUACAGCUAAAGAUGGACAUAAAACCUUUAGAAGACAGUCCUGUUAUGGAGGACUGGGACAUCAUAAGCCCCAAAGAUGUGAUUGGCUCGGAGCAGCUUCUUGUAGAGAGGACAAGGUCUUUGGCAUCUGCAGCUGUUCCUUUCACCCAGUCUCUACUGUCCCAGAUGGGCCGGACCCUGUCCAGAGUCCAACAGGCAUUCAGCUGGUCUUAUGUGGAGGAAAUCAAGCCAUUUAAGCCCCCUCUGAGCGACGCUGAGUUUCACAGUUACCUCAAUGGACAGGGCCAGUUGACAAGACCUGAGGAACUCAGACUGCGGAUAUACCAUGGUGGUGUGGAUCCGUCAUUGCGUAAGGUUGUUUGGAGAUACCUCCUAAAUGUCUAUCCUGAUGGUCUAAGUGGACAGGAAAGAAUGGACUACAUGAAGAGGAAGACAAGGGAGUAUGACCAGCUGAAGAGAGAGUGGACAGCCCGGGUCAGCCUUGAGGACCUUGAAUUUAUUCGUGGGAAUGUUCUUAAAGAUGUCCUGAGGACGGACCGGGCUCAUCCAUACUAUGCGGGUUCAGAAGAUAGUCCACAUUUGACUGCCCUUACAGACCUGCUCACCACAUUUGCCAUCACACAUCCACAGAUAUCAUACUGUCAAGGCAUGAGUGAUAUUGCCUCCCCUAUACUUGCAGUAAUGGACAACGAGGCACAUGCCUUUAUUUGCUUUUGUGGUAUCAUGAAACGCUUGGAGGGAAACUUCAGACCAGAUGGGCAGCUCAUGUCUAUUAAGUUCCAGCAUCUAAAGCUGCUUCUGCAAUACUCGGAUCCUGAAUUUUACUCUUACCUGGUGUCCCGAGGAGCUGAUGACCUCUUCUUCUGCUACCGCUGGCUGCUUCUAGAGCUCAAGCGAGAGUUUGUGUUUGAUGAUGCCUUGAGGAUGCUGGAGGUUACUUGGAGCUCCCUGCCUCCAGAUCCUCCUGAAACUGAAGUGGAGCUUCUGGGACUACCAUUGGAGACUGAUGAAACUAUAUCCUGCAGAGACAAGGACAAGACAGGAAAUUUCUUUGGAGAUGAUAAGGUACAAAAAGAGAAGCAGCGUAGACGACAUAUGCUAAGGCCUUCGAGAGAAGAAUCAGAUGUGAGCAGGAAUGCUGUCAAAGAAGAAAAAUACGUAGGUGCUGGAAAAGGUAGGGUGGAAAGGCAAUGUGAUAUUCCUAAAGUGACCAUGGAAAAGGAAGAUUUGCCAACUCCUCCUUUUGAAAGGCAAACUAGUUUUGGAGAGUUUAAAUAUUAUAUUUCCCAAAAGGAAGAUAGCUUUGAUAUGGAGGAUGCUGAACAGUCACAGGGCAUGAUUGCUUCAAAGUCAAUAACAAAUGACCCCAGGCACCUGUCCAUAGUUGACAAUGAGGAGGACCCAGGAGAGACAACACCUCUUAUAAAAACCUGUGACAAUGGUUUCUCUCCCAUGUCAUCAGCACCUCUCUCUAGUGGCCUACCAAUCUGGAAAACUGGUUCCACUGUCUCUCCCACAUCUUCAGUUUCACCCUCCAGCUGGCCAGCUGCAUCUCCAGACUCUUCUCCAAAAUCUCCAUCCACAGCCAGUGGAAGAGAGGCCUUACCAAGAACUGCCCCAAAAGUAAUAACCCCUUCUGCCCAGGUGCUCAGCAGUACAGGAAUAAACUUGCCCACAACAUCCACAGUAAAAACAUCUGUUGUGUCUCCUUCCCCCAUUCAGAAUCAGUCCCUACUCUCUUCACCCAUUUUGUCCUUUGGGAGAGGCCCAUCAUUGUCUGGCAGCCGGUUAUCCUCCAACAAUCUCCCUUCACCUGGCAACAACACUCCCAGUUCUUCAAAAGCUGAGACUAACAGCUUCAAACCGUGUUCCCUGCCACCUCCUCAAGAGUUCGGCAAAGGCAAUCCCUUCAUGCUGUUCUUGUGCCUGUCCAUCCUGCUGGAACACCGAGACCACAUCAUCAAGAACAGCUUGGAUUACAAUGAGCUAGCCAUGCACUUUGAUCGCCUUGUGCGGCGGCACAACCUGAGCAGAGUGCUUCAGCGAGCCAAGGCGUUAUUUGCAGACUACUUGCAGAGUGAAGUAUGGGACUCAGAAGAAGGGGAUGAGGUUAGUUCGGACUCCCCUACAACAGCUACUGCUGCUCGUAUCUCUUCUUCCACUAUCUCUGCCAGGCCCAUUUACAGUCCUUUAACAUCGCCUCGGUCAUCAUCUCUGUACUCAGCCUAUAACCUUGCAACCACUGUUCCCUCUUCAACACCUCAAGUUUCAGUUUCUGCCACACCCUGACUCGUCAUGUAUGAACUCCUCAGUAGACUGUGGCCCAUUGGAGGUGUCAGUGUUUUUGAGACAGCCUCCAAAAUUGAGGCUGAAUAUAUUGUCUGUCAGUGUAAUAUUACAUUUUUUCAAGUUUUUGGUUGUCCAUCCUUACAGGGGUGGCUGAGCCCCUAAAGUUGUUGACUGAUGAAAUAUUAAAUCCUUUGAUUCAUGUGUUUGACGGUCAGACACAUUGGAUGCUAGAGUUUUGCUAGAAACUUUUAAAUUUUACCCACUUGGUGCAUUUAGCUUGUGUUGCCCACUUUAUUAACAUUUUUUACAAGCUCAUGAUAUGUCCAAUUAUCCACAAAGUGUCUUAAAGCAACAUUGUGUAACUAUUUGACUUUAAAAUGAGAACUUCAAAAUCAUUUUGAUAGUACCCUGACUUGUUACAGGGUGAAAGUCACUACAAAGUCUAACAUGGGUGAGCAGAUAGGAUUUCAGUGCGUUACACUAUGGCACACACAGCACCGACUGCCACUCAUUUUAGUGGAACUGGAUUAUGAAUCAUGUUUUAUGGCAAAAAUGAGUUUGCAUGAGUUUGAGUUUGUUUCAGUUUGUCUGAGUCUGAGUUUGCGUCUGAUGUUGUAUGGCUUUCUUGCCUUAAGUUUCAGUGAUUUAUGGAGUCUCCUGGUGGACAGCUUUACUCGUUGCAGAAGUAACCCUGUACCUCCUGCUUAGUUAGCACUUUUGGCUGCGCAGCUAGCUUGACUCACUUGAUUAAAAGCCAAGUCAGUCCAUUUUGAUAGAGAUUUAGCUGGUAGCAUGUUAUAGCCAGGUGUUAGAAUAUUGUUUCUGUUUCAGAGCAUGUUAGCUUGACAUGCUGCUGUUCAGAGUUGUGUGCAAUGCUUGUGCAAACUUUGACUGAUACACAGCAACAAAUGACUGAGCAUGCAUGUUUAUCUUCAACACAUAUGUUUGUGAAACAUAACAUUGUUAUGACCUUACUGAGUUUUGUUUAUGGUGGACGUGUACAUUACAUCUGACAGUACAGAAACCUUUAUGACAGAUUUAUGACAGUAGCAUUACACUCAGAGACUGUUGGUUUAUCAGAUUACAAGAAAUACACAUUUUUACUACAAUUGAGAGCAUAUACAAACAAAAAUCAACUUUUCUUCAAUGCAAAUGCAAAAUUUUAUUUUCAUAAUAAAAGAAAUUAUUAAACUCUACUAUUUCCUCUCAAAAUAAAGCAUCUGGAAAGAGCUACAAAUAACAAUUAACCGAAAAUUAACUGUACACCCAACUUAAUCUGACAUAUUAAAAGCAGGUACAACAGAUUUAUAUAACAAUACAAAUGUCCGUAGCUUAUAUAAUUUAACAGUAUGCUUAUAAAUUCACCAGGGCUGAAGUAAUUUAUCAGAUUAAUGAAGCCCUUUGUUAAACCUGUUCUCUGCUCAGUUUCUGGACCGUGGUUGGGAAGCAGGGUAAAUAUUCCUCCUGGGCCGAAGCUAAUUUGUGCUUUGGGGCUAACCCCUUCACUUCACAAACAGUGGUGAAACAGCACACGGGAGCUCUGUUUGGUCUUGAGAAGUCGUAGCAUUUAUUUACCGACUGACUGUGGGUUGCACUGGACAUUUACAGUCAGCUCCCACUUGUGGCUAACUCUGUGUAUAAUUGUGCUGAGCUGCACACAUGCCAUCACUCACUGCUUGCUCUCUGGCUCUUACUUCACCACUAACUCCUUAUGCAUUCACAAAUGUACUGCUCUAUCUCUUUAAGGAGCAAUGCUACUCUGAUAACACUGUGUUUGCAACUAUGGAGAAUGGUUGAUCAUCCAUAAUUUUCCUUGUAAUUGGUUUGAUCUUUUCACUGCUCAUACCAAGAAAAGAUGGGACACGCAAGCCAGUAGCCUGUCCCAUCUUUUCACUGCUCAUACCAAGGAAAGAUGGGACAGACUACUGGCUUGCGUCUGACAUCGAGCUCUGGAUAACUUUUCCUUUGCUAGUGUCUGUUCAGCUGGGUGAUGAUGUUUUAAGUGCCUGAUUAGGUUUAUUGUUCCAAACGUUUUGGUUGUAGCUCCCCAUGGUUUACUUUGGCCUUACAUGUAUUACGACUUGCAAGCUUUGUGUCUUUUUCACUAACAGUGAAGAACUUGUUAGUGUAGGCUUGUGAUGUUAUUGCCUGUGCCACUGUGCAUAUGACGUGUGCAUCUCUAAUUUUUACAUAACACACCUUUAAGUAAAGCACUCAAGCUUAAACCGUGAGGAAAGUCAAGGUUUAAAUGGCUUUUGUUCACAAAGCAGGUCUCAAAUGACAUUUACAGAAACAAGACUUCUCCACUAAGAUCUGUCUGUCAUGAAAUAAACUGAUGACAACACUAAGAAACAAGACAAAGACAGCACACACACUGUCUUUACCCAACCUUUCUGACCUCAACUGACACCAUUAACCUUAAAUGGUAAUUCAGCCGUAAGUAUACAUACUGUUAUGCCAAAUAAAGAAAAAAAAGUUGCUAGGUGUUCCCAGAAAGUUUCUUUAGACAAAUCACAAAGUGAAUUUAGAUGUGACGCAGUUACAAAUUUGAUUAUAGGGCAUGAAUACAUGUGAAAAAUGCAAGCUGAUCCUGGGACACUAUAAAUCGGCUUGAUAAACAUACAGAGACGAAAGGAAAAC